CAUGCUGUGCGGAAUGUGAACAGCAUGUACCCAACUGAUUCAAUUUACAGGCGACGUGUGGAGAACAGCAUUGUGUGUACAUGAUGUGGGAACAGAGAGGAGACAACACAGGAGGCCACCUGCGAACUGCAGACAUCUGAUUUAUGAAAUGAUAAAACCCAUCAUCUGUAAGAGUUGGUCUCGGUAUCUCUUUUUUUGUUCUCACAGCAUGAGCUCUUCGAUUACACUGCUGGACUCCAGCUAACCAUCAGGUGUGUCCUGUGUGAGAUGAUGUGAGACCUUCACAUCUGUCAUAUAUUCCACAGAAUUCAAACUUCGCAACAUGGAUUCAAUUGUUCUUCUCAUGAACCAGUACAGAAAACAAGAAACUUGUUUGGAGUGAUUGAAAAGAAUCUAGGUUGGUUGACCACAAACUCAACCCACGUGACAAUAUGAACAGAGCCUGGAAUUAGAACCUAGCCUUUGACCUUGUCCUGUUUGACCUCGAAUGAUCCUUCAAAGCAUUUACUACUCGUAAAUCCUGCCUUGUAAGACUUGUUCACAACCAGAGAAACGCACAAUUACUUACAUACAGAUGCAGUUAUAUCUGUGCUGAACCUCCCUUAAAUAUACAGGUAUUUCCCUUGGAAACAUCAAACAUACAAACUGUCAGACGGAACCAAGAACAUCUUUGAACAUCCAGUAGCAAGAACGUCUGAGACAGUCCAGGUCCCCUUAGAGAAAACAGAAAAGACAGAAAUAAUUUUUUUGUGAGACAGUUAUGGUUUGAGACCUUCAAGUAAGGACACAUUCUUUCUCUGCUAGUUUGGAGACCAGCAUUUUAAUAGUUUUCAUGAGUUCAAAGACCACACCAAUAACUGUAUUUUUCAAUUAUUUGCUUAAAGGAAGAACAAGAAUGAAUAAAUGAAUGAAUAAAGUGAGUUUGGGAGAGUAAUCUGGAUGUGGCAGAUGAGUCCUAGGGUCCUGACUGGAUUCAUUAGAGCCCAGCCAAUCCCCCUCGAGGUGCCUGGAUAACAGAAGAAACUGAGGAGGAAAUGGGGAGGGGCUGGAAGUCAAAAGUAGAGACAUAAACCUAUACCCAGUUGGUGUGCCUCUGGUUACCUUCUCUGGAAGUCCUUCAGUGAACAGGAAUGCCAAUUAUUUAUGGAAUUCAGAAAGCCAAAGCCAUUGUCUGGCCUCACAUAUACCGGUACAUCAACCACACGUAUACAGGAUUCAGACAGCAUGGCCUCCACGGCAGAAGGCUGCAUACAAUUCACCCGCCAUGCAGGCGAUAUCCUCCUUAACUUCAACCGCCUACGCAGUAGAAACAUCCUCACCGAUGUCACCAUCCAGGUGGAUGGACAAUGUUUCAGAGCUCACAAGACUGUAUUGGUGGCUUGCAGUGGCCUCUUCUACUCCGUAUUUACGGACCCUCAAAAGGGCAACCUCAGCGCCAUCAGCUUGGACCCCAAAGUGGAUCCUGAGGGCUUUGCUGUCCUGCUGGAGUUUAUGUACACGUCCUGCCUAACUCUGAAAGAGAGUCUGGUCCUGGCCACCAUGAACACUGCAGCAUACCUCCAGAUGGACCAUGUGGUGGACACCUGUCGCAGGUUCAUCAAGUCCAGGGGUCUGUCUCUGAGUUUGCAGACUGAAGAUGUACAGGACAGCCUGAUGCAUGGGUCUCAGAAUGGGCCUGGAUUUAAGACCGUUCUUGGCACAGAGACGUGCCCCAAGUCCAACCACACAUCCGCCCCUCCUCUCAGAGACUCGAGGGCCUACGGCCCCAGUGUGUUCAGUGGGAUCAAUGCCUCUGGCAGCUCCUACCAUGUGUACGGACAUCUGCCCAUCCCUUUAGGAAAACUGUCUGAAGCCUGCAAAAUCAGCGACCUUCCCAAGGGGGGCACCCUACCUCUGAACCUAUGCUCUCAGGUCUAUGAGGGCACCGAGGCCGCCACCACAACCACGACCACCAUCAUCCACCACCCUCUGUCAUCUCACUCAUCCUCCUCUCCUGUCAUCUGCAAUUUGGGAGCCCUUCGGGGCCUCCAGGCACCUGCAUCCUCCAUGGAAGAUUGUACCCAGUACCCACAGCCUAGCCCCCACAGCAUGUCCCCAGGCUGUGGUAAAGGGGUGAUCUGCAGCCCGCAGAGCCCCCACCGGUCCGACUGUCACCCCAACUCUCCCACCGAGUCCAGCAGCAGCAAGAACGCAGCCCUGUCUGUUACCCAGCCCCGCGGUUGCAAGGAGGAGCCCAAGGCCCACAACUGGAAGAAGUACAAGUUCAUUGUGAUGAACCAGACCUCUGAGGAAAAGGAAGAGGAGGCCGAGGGAGGCAGGACAGAGGCUAGGGGCUGCUCACCUCCACUGGGCCGUUACUUGACCAGCGAACUAGAUGCACACAUGGAUGUUCAGUCUGGCGAUAUGGGCAGUGAGCAUGAUAAAGAGCUUUCUGUCCCUCAGGCUGGCCAUCACAACAGCAGCAUCAACAGCCAUCUGAGAUGCUCCACCUGUGGCUCUGAUACACCUCAUCACCGGGACAUGUGUCUGCGCUCCCCUGGCUCUUACAGUGGGGAGGAGACCAGCGAGAGGCAGUCUGAGUACUCUGAUUCAAGCUGUGAGAAUGGUACCUACUUUUGCCACGAGUGUGACUCCAAAUUCUCUGAGUCUGAUUCUUUGAAAGACCACAUGCUCCAGGCCCACAGUGACAAGCCUUACAAGUGUGACCAUUGUCAAGCGGCCUUCCGCUACAAGGGGAAUCUGGCCAGCCACAAGACUGUCCACACAGGUGAAAAGCCAUAUCGCUGCAACAUCUGUGGGGCUCAGUUCAACCGCCCAGCCAACCUGAAGACCCACACCCGCAUCCACUCUGGAGAGAAGCCGUACAAGUGUGAGACGUGCUGUGCUCGCUUUGUACAGGUGGCCCAUCUGCGUGCCCACGUUUUGAUUCACACGGGAGAGAAGCCAUACCCUUGCGAGAUCUGUGGAACACACUUUCGCCAUCUUCAGACAUUGAAGAGUCACCUGCGCAUUCACACAGGAGAAAAGCCUUAUCAUUGUGAGAAAUGUGACCUCCACUUCAGACACAAGAGCCAGCUGAGGCUCCACCUGAGACAAAAGCACGGUGCAGUCACCAAUACCAAGACUCAGACCCGGAGACCCAACACUGACCUCCUGGCCAGCUUGGCCAAAGCUUGCUGAGACUUUUGAAUCGCAGUCCAGGCUGUUGGUCAAAAUCAAGCUGUCUUUGCGCCGUAUAAUCUGAGAAUUAGGUUGGCUUUAUAUGUACUUCAGAUAUGGAAGUACAGCUGUUUUGUAAUUUUUGUAUGUUUGUAAAUAAGUUCAAACAGAAGUAUGUACAUAAGAUUUUAAAAUGUUUCUACUUCAUAGAUUUUCAUUAAAUGUACCUGGACAUCUUUUUAUUGUAAUACAAUGAUAAAUCUAUUAUUUCAGUCAUGUAAUUUUCAGGAAAUGUGAACUUCAAAACCUCAACUGUACAUCAUUUUGAAAUGGUCAUUCAAAUUAAGUAAACUGUUUCAUUGGUACAUUGUUAUAUUUGGUUAUGAAUUUUGAUUGUAUAAGCUAAUGAACUAUACCUUUUGGUUUAUCAUAGUUUAUUGUGAAUAUAAAAUAUAAUAUAUCUUUACAGAUUGCCCUCUGCUGGCAGAGAAUUAUAAUUUACAGAAAGGUACUUCUGUGUUGUCUGCUAUAUCUUGUCAGUAUGCUAGGGUUUGUGUUGACAUCACAUUGUGUAAUAGUAAUGAGCACCCUUGUAGCUAUGUAUGCAAUGUAUUCAAGGUGCCUUACUUUAAGCUACUUUUGUGCAGUAUAUCAGUACUGUAAUUUCUUUUUCCUGCGCUUUUUGUCAAGUUUAAAAUGCUGUAAAUACACCUAGUCUCGAGCUGCGUUCUCAGGAAUGUUAUGAAAGGAUCUUUGUUACUGCAGAGCUUAAUGUAGAGGAUAUCAAUAAAAUGAAUGUUUGGUGAA